GACAUAACUUCGAAAGUAUUAUACGAAAGAUAGCUGAAACAAAUAGAUUAUUAGCAUCUGAAAUAAAAGUAACUCAAGGUGAUAAUGGUAUCGAUAUUAUUGUGACAUAUAAAGAAAAACUCAUUCUUAUACAAUGUAAGAAUGUAGAAACUCCGGUAACUGUUCAUAUUGUAAGAGUUUUCGAAUCAGCACUUUCAAGAUUUUUGCCAGAUUCUUUAGGUCUUAUUGUAUAUAAUAGUGAAAAAUUAGUUGAAAAUUUUGCUACUCCUAAAGUCAAAAAUUGGGCUCUAACAUCUAAAAAGAAUAUUAAAAUUUGUAAUGAAAAAGAGUUUGUUGAAAUUAUUAAGAAUUUUUUCGAAAAUGAUAAUGAUGAUCAUAUAGAAUUGAUUAACUAUAUGGCAGAUAGUUUCGAUUUAAAUAAAUUAGUUAGAAAAAAUGUUUCUAGGGAUAUGAAGAUAUUCAAUAAAUUUUUGCAAGAUCCAAGCGAGAAAGAAUAUAUCGACAAAAAAGUCGAUCAAAAGAGAGCUCGUUUUGGUGAAUUAGUCGAAGAAGA